CAUUCCAAUAACAAUUCCUUCUUAUCUUCAAAUGCAUGUUCCUCUCUUCCUUCCUGUUCUUCGUCUUCAUCGGCGUACUUUGACCCCAUCUGAGAUCAAAGCGUUGGAGACUAAGUGAAAGAUCACCAAUGGGCGUGGAGGAUGAUAAGGCUGAACAUCUUCUUGUUCUUGUUCAUGGCAUCUUGGCGAGCCCGAGUGAUUGGAAGUAUGCACAAGCAGAGCUAAAAACGCGGUUGGGAAGAAACUUUGUGAUGUAUGCAAGUUCAUGUAACACUUUCACCAAAACCUUCACUGGGAUUGAUGGAGCUGGAAAAAGGCUAGCAAAUGAAAUCAAGAUGGUUGUAAAGAAGCGAGACAAUACCUUAAAGAAGAUUUCCUUUUUAACUCAUUCUCUUGGUGGAUUGAUUGCAAGAUAUGCACUUGCUCUUCUUUAUACAUCAUCAUCAAAUAAAGGAUUGAUUGCUGGGCUGGAACCAAUCAAUUUUAUCACCUUGGCAACACCACAUCUUGGCGUGAGAGGGAAAAAGCAGCUUCCAUUUCUAUUGGGAGUUCCUAUCUUAGAGAAACUUGCAGCACCAAUUGCUCCCAUUUUUGUCGGUAAAACUGGUAGUCAGCUGUUCCUUACAGAUGGCAAACCCAACAAACCACCUCUUCUACUUAGAACGGCAUCCGACUGUGAUGAUGGUAAAUUUAUAUCAGCCCUCGGUUCUUUCAAAUCUCGCGUUCUUUAUGCCAAUGUCUCUUAUGACCAUAUGGUUGGUUGGCGUACAUCCUCUAUAAGAAGGGAGAGGGAACUUUUCAAGCCUCCUCGCCGAUCUUUGGAUGGCUACAAGCAUGUUGUAGAUAUGGAGUACUGUCCGGCCGUUCCAUCUGAAGGUCCUCAUUUCCCUCCUGAGGCAGCCAAAGCAAAGGAGGCAGCCCAAAAUGCAACCAGCAUGCAGACCACAUUGGAAUACCAUGAAAUUAUUGAACAGGAAAUGAUACUUGGCUUACAGCGGUUGAGUUGGAAGAAAGUUGAUGUUAGCUUUCACUCAGCGUUUUGGCCUUUCUUCGCUCAUAACAAUAUCCAUGUAAAGAAUGAAUGGCUUCACAAUGCUGGAGCUGGAGUAAUUGCUCACGUCGCAGACCACAUCAAGCAACAAGAGAAGCAACAGGAAUACUCCUUAUUUAUUACUGCUAGUUUGUAGCUUAGGCAGUUGUAAAACAACUGAUAUAGUUUAGAAAUGAAUUGACACUAGAGCUUGAUUCUAACUACCUACCUUACAAUAGCUACAACUGAGGCAACUGUAAUUCUGUUUUAAGUUGAUAUUAAAGAAAAUAACAUCAAAAAACUUCUUAGC